AAUUAAAAAAGGAAUUGAAGGAACUGACAUCUAUGUAAAUCAGCAGGUCAUCACAUGACCUAAAGCUGGAUUUUCCUGGCACUUUCCCUCCUCUCUUUCUCUUUCUCUCUGCUUUGCCUGCCUCCCUCUCUCCCUCCCUCCCUCUCUCCCUCUCUCAGUGCGUGUAUGUGUCGCUUGCUCUCGGGUCUCUCAGUUCUUAGAGCGGCUGGUUCAGGAUGGAUGUCUCAUGCGCACACAUACCAUUGCUGAGCGCCGGACCCCGCUGCAUCCCGUUGGCAGUGUGCGCAUGAGUGUGUGUGUGUGUGUGUGUGCAUGCAUGUGUGCAUGUGUGUGUGCGUGCGUGCGUGAGAGCGAGAGUUGUGGGGGAGCGCCGGUCUGGUAAAGACGAGUGUUUUGGGGCAGAUCUCAGUGGAAUCUCUCACUCUGGAUGUGUAAGGAUCACAGGAGCAGCGUCUGACCAUACGUGUGUUACACGGAGAAACUUGCAGCAUGGCAGACCCUGACGGACCCCAGCUACGCUGAGAGGGAAGACAUGUGCUGGUCAUCUCUCCCUCCCCUUCAUCAUCAUCAUCAUCACCACUGAGCCGUGUCUGGAGGAACCAUGGUGAGCAAGGACGCUGGUAAAUGCAUGCUCACCAACUCUGAAUCUGACUCCGAGGCAACGGCAACCUCCAUGGCCCUGGAGGUCAAAGGAUCAUCGGACGACAGCCGACAUGUGCGCAAACGCAACAAAGCCCUUCAGGUGCGCUUCAAGGACAUCUGCGAGGCACAGAAUGAACAGGCUGCUGCGGCCCGAGGGGGAAAGCCGGUCUACAAGGUGGCUUACCGCAAGUACAUGACUGUCCCAGCUCGCAGAUCAAUCCCCAAUGUCACUAAAAGCACCGGAGUCCAAACAUCACCGGACCUUAGGAAGCGUUACCAGACUUUUCCAUUUGACCGGAAGAAAGGACAUACGGUCAAGCAUUCCGCUGUUGUGGAGAGCUAUAAGGAUCAGGACGAUGGGUUUGUUAUUGAUGUAAAGAGGGCGAAAGCUACCGAGGCAGGUAGGGAGUGUGUACCCACUCAAAAUGUGAGGAAAACAAGAGCAUUAAUGCACACCAGCAAAUGUGUCGCAACUAUAGAGCAACACCCACAAGCCAGGGACUGUGUGGAGAGAACAGACGGACCGUGUCCGGAUGCUUUGGUUCUUCCUUGUGCGACAGAUGGGUCCGCAGUGGGAACAGACAACUCGGACUAUCAGAUUUGUAGCGUCAGAAGUAAACCCAGUAAGGGCUUCCAGAGAGACUCUGGAACUCUUGAUCGCUCAGGCAAGCUGCAGUUGCUGAACUCUGGGGAGAGCGGUGGGAAUAUUCUAGAGGAUUCCUCUUCCAAAGUGAUGGGUCCUAUUGCAUGGAACUCUCUCACGCAGGUGGAAUGCCUGGAGAGUCCGUCCGAGCGGAGCAAACGCAAGAAGACUCUGCAGCUCAAUGGCCUGCAGUCGCAGACGCUGCCGCGGAGCAGUUGCACGACGCAGGUCCAGUGCCACAUGGGCACGCUGUCUGCUCGACCACUGCGGGCCAUGGAGGCGGCGGUACCACUGACUCCAGUCUCCACGAAAGCCGUUCCUAUGCCCGCGCCUCCAUGUAGGGGCAGCACAGGAGCAGAAACUAUACAGACGGAGAAUGAGGCGUGCAAGCAGGUAGUGCCUGUCAAUCAGGAUGGGGAUGUUAAAGCGCAGCUCCAGGCCAUGGAAAACAUGAUCAGCUCCAGCCAGGAAACCAUCAAAGUGCUGCUGGGUGUCAUUCAGGAGCUGGAAAAAGGAGAAGCUCAUAGAGAAGGGUUUCCCAAAACAGGUCAAAUGCAAUGUGUUGAAGCACAAUGGAUUACUUUGGUUGUUUCGAUAUGCAUGGCAUACAAAGAAACUAAUCCAAGAAAGAAAAUAUCACGUCAGUCCCAUGUAUUGUUUGGUUUUCAAACUGCAAUAGCAGGUCUAACUAGGAAGGAUGAGUACAGCUCUGUUUGGUUAGCAAGACUCCAAGGGAAGCACUCUAUUUCAUAAAAAUAAAAUUCUGUGCCAACAGAACUACACCAAGCAGAAGUGCAUUUCUUCAUAGGUUUCCCCAAGGUGUUGAAAGUGUCAUUGAGCCACAAUGCACAUUGUUCAGAAAGUUGACCUAAAGGAGGAUUACACUGGAUAGCUCGAUGCAUAGAAUAGAAUAGAAUAGAAUAUAUUACUUCAUUUUCAUGUAUUGAUUGGUUCUCAAACAGCUAAAGUAGGUCAAAUUUGGAUGGAUGAGUGCAUCUUUGGUUGGUUAGCAAGACUACUGUAUAUGGGAAGGCAGAAGCAGAAUUGCAUUUCCAAACAGGUUUCUCCAAACAUUCACAACAAAUGCCACCUGCAAUGUGUUAAAUGUGCAAGUGAACCACAAUACAUAUUUUUUUUUGUAAAGAUGACCUAAAGCUGGUUCAUUUUGGUUUUGUCUGUGCGUUCAUGCAUUGGACACAAGAAAUGUUUUCAACACAGAAAACAAUACAUCAGGUAGCCCUAAUGUGGAUAGAUGAGUAUAGCUUUAAUUGGUUAGUAACUUUAAGUGUAGCACAUUGUUUAGAAAUUCUGUGACGUAGUAAUUGAAAAAUCCACAAUGCACGCCAAUAUACAAACUACAAUGUGAACCACAAUGCACAAAAAUAAAAUUGUGCCAACAGAACUGCACUAAGCAGAAUUGCAUUUCCUUACAGGUUACACUAAACAUCUUCAACACAUGCCAACUACAAUGUGUUGAAUGCUCCAACGAACGAUUGUACACUGUUUGGAAAGUUGACCUAAAAUUGAUGACUUUGGUUGUCUCUAUGGUUUUCUAAACAUUAAAUAACCUCCAAGAAUUGUUAAACUGACUGCUAUAGCAGGUCUAAUUAGGAUGUAUAAGUGAAUCUUUGGUCGGUUAGCAAGACUUCAGGGGCAACGCUCUUUUUCAUAUUGACUUUUAUCACCUUGCAUUCAACAUGGGAAAUUUGCUAGAGGCCUUCUAAAUACUACUUACUUAAUGAUGCCAAGAGCCUUCUACUUUCGAGAGUGCCUAUUUAAUCUAACAAUUGAAUCCGCUCCAAAUCGGGGCAGAGGCAUUAAGCAAUGACAAACCUUUUUUAAGAGAGUAGAAAAAGACAAUAAAAUGUACUGUACCUCACAAAGAAAAGGAUUAUGCAGUAUAUUUAGAUGAAAUGAACAAGUCCGAAUGGGAAAUAUAACAGACACUAACUAGUAAGCUACACAAGCAGGAUAUUUACAUGCAUAACAGCUGAAUAUCUACAGUCAGAGCCAAUCAAUGAUAAACCAGCUCAUUCCCACAGCAGGAUAUCAUGCAAAUCAGCCUAAACUAUCGCUUUAAAAUAUUCCAAUGCCACAUUUGGCUUUAUCCCACCCAGCUAAGCAUAACAUACUGAUUAGUUCAGCAUUUACACACAAAAAAACUGUACUACAUUGAGUAAGCCCCUUAUGAGAUCAGUUUGCAUGCAAUUUAGAGAGAAACAGAAAUUCACUGAUCAAGUAGAUGAUCAGGAGACUAGACAAAAUCAUCAUGAGGAUGAUUAGAGAUCUGCUCAAGCACAAACUCUGAGAUUCACUGGACAAUGGGCCGUUGACUGAUCAAAACAACAUUUAGCAUAAUAAACACAUUAUCCGAUGCAUUAUUAAUUGAAGACUUAUAUAAAGUCUAAUAGCAUGCAUUACACACAAAAAAGCAUUGACACAAGAACAAAUGAAACUCAGCUUUGGUUUCAGAGAGAAUAUUUUCUAACAUUACCCGAGCAAAUAUAAGAGAUUUCUUACAGAUAAUGUUUUUCCAGAUAUUACACUUUAAAUAAUAUUUUAAUGUAUUCUCCAGGCAAUGCAACAAGUUUUCAAUUCCCCAGCUCAGGUCAGUGCAUUUUCCUGCAUCCAAUGCAGAAAUAGUUACUGCUUGUGUGGUUAUGCAACAUUAGUCUCAUUCCACACACUCAGAAAUGUCAUUCGUGUGACAAAAGACAUGACUGGAGGACGUAGGUGAAUGUGCUCAUAAUUAUAUCUGUUACAUUACCACAGGCUUGAUGUAGUAGUCUUCAACAUGUUCAAAAGCGCGCUGCAGACAAAGAAGUAUGCAAAGAGGUGUUUGACUAAAAACAUGAUACAGGAUCAAA